CUCGUGCCCAUGUUCCAGGAAAUCUAAAGCAACCGGCCCUUCUGGCCUCUCUCCUAUGAUGCGAUGAUAUUGGCAAGAACAAGCGUCCUCGAUUGGGCUUGAACGCGGUAUGAGAAGUGAUAAAUAACCGUUCGAUGUCCACCCUAAGGACUGACUCUCGAGGACAAUUCAUAGUUCGUCGCUCAGGCAUUCAAUCUGUUUUUGAAGUUGGAAUUACCAAAGCUUGAUAUUUCGAUCGCACUCCAACUAUAGGGGCAAUAUCAAAAUGAAAACGCCCUCGCUGCUCCGUCUCGGCUGGGUGUUGGUAUUGGCUCUCGUCGUAGCUUGGGGGGUCUCCGCCUUUCCGGCGCCUGCCGAGACUGAGGACAUAGCGCGCAGCAAGAGGCAGGAAAUCCAGGCCGCGGGCGGCCAGGGGGGCGGGCAAUCGGGCACAACGCUCAGCGAGACGAUGACAGCCACCGGGCACCGGACCCGAACUUUCACGUGGACAAUCGACAAGACGGCUAACCCAACCGUACUCGAUCUGGUCCAAGGUCAGAGUGGGACCGUGGACUACACGGUGACGCUGACCAAGGACGACGGGACUGUCCGCACCUGGAUCGACGGGCAGGUCUGCAUCACGAACGGUGGCAGUAAGGCAACUGAGAGCCUCAUGUCAACCCUUAAGGUGACGCAGCCGCCGUCCAACGAUAUAGUCGUACCAGAUUCGAACCUUGACGUGUCGGCUAAACCUGUCCUGGCUGCCGGGGAGAGCCACUGCUACCCCUAUAGCAUCAACAUCCCGAGCGCCAACAGCGGCACCUACAAGGUGACGGCUGAUACGACGAUUAUCAAUCACUCCGGGCACUUGGGAGAACCGUUUGGGCCGAACGAGGCCGCCACCACGACGAUUCCAGCGACUGAGACGCUCGUGCACAACACCGUUACGGUGUCCGACACCCUCCAGGGCUCGCUAGGGCAGUUUUCCGAUGACGGAAAGGCGACGUACACCCGCACAUUCACCUGUGCUAACGAGGGAGAUAAUCCCAACACCGCGUCCAUCACCUACGACGACGGGUCGCCCGGGCCCAGUGAUUCGGCAACGGUGACGGUCAAGUGCACUGGCGGCGGCGGCGGCGGCGGCUGCACGCGGACGAUCGGGUACUGGAAGAAUCACAUUGAGGUCAUCAAGGGCCCCCCGGCACUACUACCGAUCUCGCUUGGUAGCCGCCAGGUGACUGAGGCAGCUGAUGCCGUUGCAAUCGAGGGUACCACCGGUAGCAACGGAAUCGACAAGCUGUAUGCGCAGUUGCUCGCCGCGAAGCUCAACAUCAAAACCGGGGCGGACGGCUCCGCUGUGGCAAGUACCAUCCAGGCUGCGGACACUUUCCUCACCGGUAAAACUAGCGCAGACUGGGCCGGCCUCACCAAUGCGCAAAAAAGCCAAGUGAACGGCUGGGCCACCACGCUGGACAAUUAUAACAAUGGUGUCACCGGUCCGGGCCAUUGCCCCUGAGACAGAACUAUCACCAAGCUUUGUCUGUUGGGAAAUGGUUGAGAAUGAUUGAACUAAUGUUCUGCCGUUGAAUAUGAGGGAAGGGAGAUAUCCAUUUCGGAUUUGGUUAUGUCACUUUUGCUUGUGUCAAAAACACAAAACAAAUGGGUUCUUUCCUUUGUUAGUACGGCGACGUGUACUAAAAGCUAUUGGAGUGUUGUGGUUCCUUAGCUGAGAUUAAUGUAUUGACUUGUUAACAUAUGCCAAUACGUGUUGGAGGUGGAUGAUGGAUGAAUUCAUCGGAUUCAUCUGAAACAACAACAUGAUGUAUUACCAGCUCUAUUGUGAAAGUAGAGGUUAGCAGUAGAGAAUUAGUUUCGAAGCUCAGUGUAACCUAGUAACUUACUGUCAAC